AUCUACAAAGCUUCUGAAUCCAAGCCGACCUGAGGCGAAGAUACAAGGUCUGCUUGAAACAUUUGUUCUUAUCUCAAAGAUUUCGUGUCGGGUGUGUCAAUGGCUCUACUUCUCCAGCAGCAGGUCGCUCACGGGCUGUGCAAAAAGCGGGCCGUGGGACCCUGCGGUGCAGUUCUGCAUCGGCCAUGUGUGACUCCUGCAAGCACUCGUCCACCUUCGACCUUUCAGUCAGUUGAAGGGCUUGCCCCUGUGGUUGGGGCCGGGAGACCGUCGCGGAGUGGCUUCGUCGUUCACGCGGCCGCGAAGACUGCGUCUACCGUUCGCAUCAUCAUCCAAGGCCGCAAGCUGCCAGUGACCAAUGCCAUUAAGGAGUACGUCGAGGAGAAGGUGGCAAAAGCAAUUCAGAACUUUGCGCAUACUCUUAAGGAGGUCGAUGUCACGCUGUCUGCUCGUGGUGGUGACACAGGAACACACGGCAAGAAGGAGCAGAAGGUGGACGUGACCAUCUUCACGCUCCGCAACGGUGUGGUUCGAGUGGAGGAUCGGGAGUCCAACCUGUACGCCGCCAUCGACCUGGUGUGUGACAAGAUCCGCAGCAAGCUGACGCGGGUGAAGGAGAAGGCCAUCACCAAGGGCAAGUGGCCGGGCAAGGCGGGGCCCAAGGAGGAUGUGGAGGAGGAGGACUUCCAAGAGUACCUCAAAGAUGUCAAGUUGGAAACCCAGUUGUUCGACAAGGAGGCAGAGCUUCAGAAGCAGUUUGCGGAACUAAACCGCAACUACCCAGCAACCGUCAUGCGCUCUAAGACCGUUGUGCUAGACCCCAUCACGGUGGAGGAGGCCAUCGACGCGCUGGAGGCCGUAGGUCACUCGUUUUACGUGUUCCGGGAAAUGACCACCGACACCGUGCAGGUGGUGUACAAGCGCGAGUCUGGUGGCUAUGGAGUGAUCGUGCCGCAGAUGCGGGACUGACCUGCUUGGGGCGGAUGAGGCGCACACACGCACACAGCGAGGGAGGGAGGGAGGGGGGGCUGCGCAGGGAGCGCUCAGGAAAAACCGAAUAGUGGGCCCUGAAUCCACCGAAGCACGCUCCUAUUUCCUUUACAUACAUACAUGCGUGCUUGACCUGCGACAUCUAAUUAUGUGGGACUAAUCGAUUGGACGAUGUACAGUGAGCUCUCCGGAUAUCUUCUAGAUUUCUGUUCUGCUACAUGUAGGAUGGAUAGAAGCAACCCCAGUGCGGAAUGCAUACUUGGAUGGGGGGUUGGCUCUUAAGGGUUUCUGGCGGGCGUGUGCGAUUUUGUGUAUGCAGUACGUGUCUUCGUAUGUUCAUUGUGGUGUAAGUGACAUGACCUGAUUCCGAGAUGCCUGCUUGUAAACACGCGAAACAUG